AACAAACCUCUUCAUCAUGCGUACAUUCGUUGACCUCAUCAGCCUUACUAGUAAAAUCAUCCUAACCGCCCACCUUUUCUUUUUCUUUUUUUCCCUGUUUUUUUCUUUCCUUUUCCAGACUUUCCUUCUUUCCGAAGUGUAUAAAUUUUCAAAGUUUUACAGACACAAGAAAUUGAGAAGCAACCAGAUAGGGGAGAGAUUCGAAAAUGACAAAUCCAAAUCCUAAGCAUACCGAACUCUUCUUAAUCAAUGUUUCACCAAUAAAUUGGCAAACCCAUAUAGUCAAACGAGUGAUUGGAGUAGAUUUAUAGCUAAGAAUUAAGAUAGAUCAUUUAAUACGGUAUAAAACUAAGUCAAUCUAUCUAGCCGGCCUUCUUUAAUCCUUCAGUAUCAUUAUUAUUCAUCAACCUAUUUCCAAUUGCUAGCUAGUUGGUUCUUGUUUGAAGAAAUGGCUUCUCUCUGCACCAUUUCCUUCUUCACUGUUAUCCUUGUUCUGCAGAGUUGCUCUGCUUCAAGCAGCAAUUUUUCUUCAAUUUUCUCUCCUUUUUUUGGUGAUGUAUGUAAAAGCUCAAAUCCGUGUGGAAAAGGAACCUGCAAGUCAUCAAAUGAGACCACAUUUGGUUAUGAGUGCGUUUGUGAUGCUGGGUGGAAGCAAACUCGCUCUGAAAAGGACAAUGAUCUCAAAUUUCUUCCUUGUGUAGUUCCAAACUGUACCCUCAACUACUCCUGCGUUGAAGCACCAUCCCCUGCUCCACACGUCAACCGGUCCGGCCAAUCAGUCUUUGAUCCCUGCUUCUGGACCGAUUGUGGCGGUGGCACAUGUAACAAGACCUCUCCGUUUGAACACACAUGUCAAUGCCAAGAGGGUUACUAUAACAUACUCAAUGUUUCCGCUUUCCCAUGUUAUAGAGAUUGUGCACUUGGAGCGGAUUGCACAAGUCUCGGAAUCAACUUGAACAACAGAUCAAGCUCCUCCAGCUCCUCAUCGCCUCCUAAUCUGUCAGAGAAUAGUCAAAACCACGGUGAGUUUACAGUACUAUCGAGUAUUUUGAUCGAUAUCUUUCCUGUUAACAUUAAUCUAAGUUUGACCCUCUUCAGAACUAAUCUGGACUUUGUAUGUGUGUGUGUGUGUGUGUGUGUGUUUUGGGGUAUUAAACAGCUAGCACAAUUUCAAGGUUUCCCAUGGGCCAUUUCAGCUGGUUGAUUUUGAGUUUGCUAUCUCUCGCUUUGGUUCCGUGGAUAUAGAUACUAGAGAGUACUGAGGAGCUCUUGCAUUAUCAGAUUUUGACACUCUGAUAAUAUGGUGUGUUAAUGUGUUUUUUGGGGUCUAUUGCGAUUGUGUUUAUUGUAUUUUUUGAGACGUUUACAUGAUUUUGAUUGCCAUGCUAAAUAACCAGCCUCUCCAGUAGCUGAUUGCCUGUAUAUAAAUUAGUGUGUUCAUUUUCUGUACUGGAUUAAGUUUGAGAAGCUAUUAUUUUAGAGAGAGCUUAUUACUAUCUGUAUCUUCAUCUUCAAAUAUUUUUGCCUUCAAAAAAAAUCUUCAAAUAUUUUAUUCUGUUUAAUAAUACUACCUCCGUCCCAAGAGAAUGGUUAAUAUUAGUUGGUAAAAAUCAAGCAAAGUCACCUCCAAGAUCAGGUUUGAAUAGCUGGUGACGGUGCAUUUGGAGUUUGGAGCUCUUUCUGAAGGCCUAUUUUGUAAUACCCCAUCAGCCCAAUUGGAAAAUCAAGAGAGUCCCAUUUGGACUUGUGCCUUGUCUUUUCAAAUCUACCACUUCUCCACAAAAGAAAUUAAACUCAUGAAUAUCCAUAACUCAAUGAUUACCUAUUGUCUACUAGUAAAUUGUACAGUAUAAUGUGUGUAUACUCAUUUUGUAACAGAGAAAAAUAUAAAUAUUACGCUAUAAACUGA